UUUCUCUUUUUCCUCCGGUCCCUACCGUUUCUUCCCGUCUUACGUGAAAAAAUCCGCAGCCGAACGCCCCCGUUCCUUGCCUCCGUCUCUCACUGGUUCGAACAGAGCAAAAGCCCUCCCCUCCGACGCCUCUGUUCGCACGCCCUAGGAAGCUCCAGCCGAAGGAUCCCUCUCUUCCUCUCCCGUCGACCCCCAUUCACCCGUGAAGAGAAAGAAGGCUGAUGCUGUGAACUAUUUUCCCAGUUGAUUGAGAUAAAAUGUGUUAGAUUCAUCUUCUUUAAUCGGCGAAGUAGCUUGUGUAUCUUCUAACAGUGAUCCCCACACAAUGGCUUAUAUACGAUGGUGCUUGCUUGCAUUCCUUCAGAGCUUCAUAGUUACCACUUUCUCCCUUCCUGAUUCGGAUCUAUCUCUUACUCAUAUACAAGAUGUAGGUUUCAAGGUGUUGAAUGUUGCUGAGGAGCUUCAAGGAGAGACUCUUCCAUUAGAGAUGGGUCAACGUUUUUACAAAAUCAUUGGUCUCAAAGAAUCUUCUUGGUAUGAAGUCAAGAUAUCAUAUCCCGCUUCUAUACCUGCUAGUUUUUUCCUUGAUUUGAAGAAAAAUUUAGCUGAGCUGCAAAUAAGGACAAGUAGAAGACUACUAAAUACAGAAAAAAUAAUUUUCAAGUUUGACAGCAAGAAAUUGAGUUCAGGUGAGAAUGAGGCAUUUGUUCUGGUAACUGUGGAAUCUGCUGGGAUUGUUGCAAAGCCAAAUGUGCAGAAAAAUAAGCUUGUCCUGUUUAAUAUCAUUUGCGAGGAGUUGUUUGUUGGAAUCCCACAUAGAGCUUGGUGGGUUGGUCUUGCAGCUCUGCUGUGUUUGUUAUUGGCUGCAGCUGUGCCAUAUUUUCUCCCAUUGCAUCAGCUAUCGAGGAUUCAAGAGAUGCAAUCAGGCAAUGUUUCUACGAUGAAGGACUCAUGAUUUGCAAGCAAGCCUUCAGCAAUCAUAUCAUGUUGUGUUCUCAUUUCCAUGAGCUAAUCUGUUUCAAAUUCAGGGGUUAAAGUUUUUAUUUGCAAGUUGAUUUAGGCUUCGUUUGGAAUAACUUUCUUACUAUUUUCUGAAAUAAUUUUUUAGUACAAAA